UACCAUAAUAAAAAUCGUCAAUCACAAAAGCUAUUAUCUACAGUCGUUAAUUUAGAAGAAGAAUUAAAAAAUGCUAAAAUAUAUUUAGAAAUAGGAGUAGUCUAUUAAAAAGAACAUCCUGAAUUAUGUAAAAAAAUAAAUGAGUACCCCAGCGUAUAUUUGUUUGAGAAACACGGUAAAACACAAGAAAAAUACAAAGGAUAUUUAACUAACGAAGAUUUAAUAAAUUGGUUAAAGAAAUAUUUGAAAUUCCGAAAAAGCGCAUCUAAACCAAUUUAAUCAAUAGAAGCAUUAGAAAAUAGGUUUUAUAAAUAAAAUGAUAUGGUAGUAUUUGUAGGAUAUGAAUAAGACAGUGAAGAGUUUUAGGCUUAUUAAUAAUUGGCAAAUACAAAAACCGAAUUUAUUUUCCUUCAUUCUUUUGAAUAAAACAUGAUAGACUAUUUCAAAGUAAAGAAAGAUUCUGCAAAAAUAAUAUCUGUAAAUAUUGGUGAAAAUAAAUUUGGGUAAAACCAUUAUAAUGAAUAUAAAGGAGAUUUAAAAAAUAUGAAUGCAAUUAUUCAUUUCUUAAAAACUUAUAAUUUUAGAGGAUUUAGAUUCAUUAAUUCUAAUACUUUUGAAGAUUUAAAAUCUGAAAAUCUCCCUACUUUGAUUAUGUCCGUUAAUCAAUUUUAUAAUGGACACAAUCUAUAUAAUAUGACAGGUUACGAAGGUGUUUUUAAAAAUCUUAGAGAACACUUUUAUAAUAAAGCCAUUUUAGGAAUUGUUAACGGUACUAAUCCUUACGAAAGCUCAUUUUUUUAUAAUGAACUGAGAUUAAAUAGAACAUAAAUACCUGCUUUAGGUUAUUUUGAUUUUGGGCAUAAUAUUCCUAUAAAAAUUCCUUUUAGAGAAAAAAAUAUAACAAAAGAAGCUAUUAUUAAAUUUUAUGAAGAGGCUCAUGCAGGAAAAUUAGAAGCUAUUUAUAAUUCAGAAACUCCGUUAACAGAUGGCGAAUAAGCUGAACUUUUGGUAAAAAGAUUAAGUAGAAAUGAUUGGGAUAGAUAUGUAAAAAACAAUACAGAAUAAGAUGUAAUUUUAUUCUUUUAUUAUUUAGGAUGUUCUGAGUGUGUAGCUUAAAGAGAUUUCUUCUGGAGAACCGCCUAUAGAAUGAAAAAUAAUGCUAAUAUAUUAUUUGCUAGAAUAGAUGUACAAAGAAAUGAUCUAGAAGAUAUAAAAAUAACUAAUUUUCCUCAUUUCAGAAUGUAUAAAAUUGGUUAAUAUAAUAAACCUAUUUAAAUUAUGUAUCAAAAUACUCCAAAUAAGUUUAUUUAAUACAUCAAACCUUUAGUUUCAAAAGAAUGGGUUUAACCUAUUCCUGAUAACGAGGUGAAAGUAGGCAGUUACAAAUAUGAAGUACUUAAAGCUGAAAUCGAAUACGAGGCUUAAUAAAAAAGAGCUAGUGAUAUCCAAAUGGAGCAAUUUAAAUAAUAAGGUGUAAUCUCUCCUGAAAACAAAUAAGGAUCUAAUAAAGAAUAAAGUUAAAGUGAUUUUAAUAACCAAUAAAAUGAAAAUUAAAAAGUUGAACCUUAAUAAAAUUAAAGUUCUUAAAAAGAUAAAUAAUAAUAAAAUACUAAUUAAAAUAGUAAAAAAAUUGAACUUUGAAAAAAAUUAUUUUAUAA